AUGAAAUUUUUUUUCGAAAACACGUUAUUUGCGUUCUUAAUAUUAUAUUUUCGGUUUAUUAAACCAAUUAAGGCAAAUAUUGAAAAGGAAGUUUUUACUUCUAAUGCUGUGAAGAUUUCUGAAACCCUUUUCAAAGAAAUUUCCGAAUGGGGUGAACAAGGGGGUUUACUGACUUUAACUCCUCCAUACACUAUCAAGCGUUAUGAUCGGAUAGUACCUUUCAAACAUGUUGACGAACUUUCUCAAGACAAGACAGGAGAAAAGGAAAAAUGGUACAUUCUUGAUGAUUUAGAAGAAGGAAAAACUUAUGAAACAAGAGUGUCAUAUGCAGCAACGUCGCCAACAACCUUUAUGUUGGAAAUAAUGGGUUUCGAAGAAGCAGCAAAUAUUUUUGAAAAACGGAGAUCGUUGGAAAUUCCUCAAUCGACUUUAACUUAUGGAGUUCCACGCGUAGCAUUUAAAUUAGUUCUAACGUUGGCGUUAAUUUUGGGAAUUGGAUAUUAUAUAUGUGUUCCAAUGUUUUAUUCAUCUUUGCAAAAAUUGAUAAAAAUUGCAGAGAAAGAUAAGAUAGAUAGAGAUUUGAAUAGAGAAUUGAAUAGAGAUAAAACACGAAUAGAAUGA